GUAUUCCUUUUGAACGUAUUAUCGUUGAGAAUAUGGUGGUGGAUCAGCAGCCAGUCAAGACAGCAGGAUAACAACACAGCAGAGAUCAUUAUUUGAAGAACUGGGAUUUAAACACAAUAAAUAUAUGCAACGAUAACUUCUGAGUCUUCUGGCAGACCACGAGAGAGAGAAGCAAAUCCGGAUUCACCACUGUGACUUGUUUUGGGAAAAAAGACCUAAGGUGGAGCUUUUACUCGUAUUGCCUUCUAGCUAACGUUAGCUGGCUAACAUGCAGCUUUAGUGUCUGAAUUUGCACGAAAACGGGACUCUGGGAUAUAUCGAGCUGGAUUUUGCAUGGACUGCCACUACCUCGACCAUUUUAACACUCAACUAUUAGCAUGCAGUUAAGACCAUGCUAGCCUUUCAUUUUGCAGACAUAGCUGGUUAGCUAGCUACCUCUAAAGGGCCGACUCGUUAGCGCAGCUGGAAGCCGAACCCACGGCGCUUUUGGUCGGCCAGAGGAACAACGCCAUGCCGCGGGUUGAAAUCGGCCCACCCGUAGAGCUAACUUCAGGAAGCUAGCUGGAUAUAGCAGGCCGCUUCCGAUGGUCGUUAUCAUCCCCUAGACAGCUAAAUAUUUAGAUAAGUCACAACACAAAAUCGAGAAGCACCUUUAACUUUCAUUCUGAACGGUGUUUUAUUUUGUUUUUCAUUUUCACGGAGUGGUAAUUGAUGUUUUACUUAUAAAGCUAAGGCACGUUAUUUUGUGUAUAGAGAAAUUUGCAUCAGCUAGCCACAAUACACAUCAUCAAUCUAUCUAAAUAACUUUAGGCAAAGAUACGUGCGACAUUAAGGUACUGCUUAGCUUGUAUGGGAUUAUUUAGGUUGGCACAGCUGUUGAAAGCCACGCAUGUAAACAAGUCGGACUGCGUUAAUGUUUUGGUUCGUUAUUUUAUUGCAAGGUUUCACUACAUAUCACUCGAGAUGAUGCUGAGCUGUUACCUGGACGGCAGUUUAGCGUGUUAAAGCUUGGAUUUAUCUGGCAAUAAUAAGCUUUACACAGACACUGUAAGGCAUGGGAGUUGUUGACUUGGAGCAUAGCGAGACAUACAGUAUUAGCCAUUCAUUCAUGAUUGAUGACCUUUGAGGAAGCAGACUGUCCUUUACCCAUUUUCCACUAGAGCUGAGCUACUGCAUCAAGCCACUAACAGUCUUUCUUGUAGUAUUUAUUUUUAACCACUAAUGUCACCUAGUAAAAAAGCUGAGGAGAUUUGAGUGUUAGUUUUUAGCAGCAUUUUCUUUUAAAGUCCCACUGACAUCCAACUGGAACUACUGGGGUGGAUGGGAACAUGAGGAGCACUCUGUCUGAUCUGAACCAGCUUCCCAGUAGCUUGAAGAUCUGAUCAAAGCACAACAGAGAGCCCCAUUGUGUGGACUGAAACUGAAAAAGGAAAGAUGAUGUGGAUGAUGAUAAAAGAGGCCCAGUGACAGUGUUGAUCCCCGCACCAGGAAGCAGAGGAGUGUCAAAAGGCUGCAGACAUGAGUCUCCGCCAACCCACCUCUACACUGGACAGCCCUUUUGCUGCUUGGCUCAGCAGUCUGACCAUCGGGGACUCGGAGCGCAAAUCCUCUGCCACCCAGCAGAGGGAGCCAUCGAUUGAAAUCCCUGCUGAGAGUACGGGUACUGGUCUUGUCCAGAGAUGUGUGGUCGUGCAGAAGGACCAGCUCGGCUUCGGCUUCACAGUAUGUGGAGAGAGAGUCAAGCUGGUGCAGAAUGUCCGACCUGGUGGUGCAGCAGUCAAGGCCGGGGUCCAAGAAGGGGACCGAAUCAUAAAGGUGAACGGCUCACUGGUGUCCUCCAUGUCCCAUCAGGAGGUGGUAAAGCUCAUCAAAUCUGGACCAUAUGUAGCUCUGACACUACAAGGGCCGCCCCCUUCAGCCGCCUCCUUGCCCUUAGAGCCCCUCCCCACUGAGCUCACAUCCAAUCAAAGAACGUCUCUGGGUGGGGAGGCCCCACCCACUCCACCUCCACCGCUGCCCUCUGGACUGAGCAGCACACCUUCCCAAAGAAUCACUGGACCCAAACCACUACAGGACCCAGAAGUACAGAAACAUGCCACUCAGAUACUCAGGAAAAUGCUGGAGCAGGAAGAGGCUGAACUGCAGGAGUUGAUGGAGGAGCAGUUGAGGAGCCCGUCGCUGUCACUGGGGGAGCGGAUUGAAAGUGCCAAGAGAAGAGCUCACCAAGUCAGGGUCAAAAUUCAGCAAGAUCUGGAGGGAACGCGAUUUGAAUGUGCCACAAGCUACGUCAUAGCAGGAGAAGGUCGACUAUCAAUGGAGUCAAGCGAAGGAGACAUGGAGGCCUUUGAGAGUCCCCACUCCUCCCCCUCAUCCUCCUUCAGGAUCCCCCAACAUCGACGGCAGAACUCCGACACACGCACCCUGUUUGAUUCGGGCGGAAAGGCCCAGAUCAUCGGCCCCGAGGAAGAGGAUGAAGAAGAUGACGGCUAUGCAUUUAACGAGAUGGACGGACCAUUCCAGGACAUCGAGUUGUUGAGGUCACGACCGGCACACAUGGCGGUGUUCAUGAGAUAUGUCUUCACCCAGCUUCUGGACCCCAACCCUCUGCUGUUUUACCUGUCGGUGGAGGCCUACCUGGGCUCCAGCACUAAAGACGCCCGCGCACUUGCACCUCAGAUCUGUUCCCAUUUCCUGGACCCAGAUGCUCCCCUGAAAAUCAAAGUACGAGAGGAGUAUCUCACAGAUAUAGAAAGUCGACUUCAUGCCCAGGAGGACAUCAGAGGACCUCUGUCCGAGCUGCAGCAGCAAGUGCUGCCGGACAUCCAAGACCAGAUACAGGACUACAGGAACAAGCAGAUGAUGGGUCUCGGCUCUCUGUUUGGAGAAGGAGACCUGCAGCAGCUGGAUGGAGACCCGGUGAAAGAGAGACAGGUGGUGGACAGACAGGUCACUGCCCUCUGGGAAAUACUAUCAAAGCACGAAGAGGACAGAAGUUCUCCUCUGGCGUCGGCUGUGCACCUAUACCUGCGUCAUUCUGGUAUCAAGCUGAGAGACUCCAAGGUCUUCCCUGGUCUGAGCACGGAGAAGGAGAAGUGGCUCGCUUUCUUAAAGACGAAAAAGCUGAGUGGUACCAAGAAAGAGAAAGAUGGAGAGGAUAAAAAGAGAAAUCCCAUCCUGAAGUACAUCGGCAAACCCAGGACCACAUCCCAGUCCACAUUCCAUGUCCCGUUGUCUCCCACCGAAGUCCGUCCUGGCAGUGUGAGGAACAUCAUUCAGCAGUUUGAGAACCACACAGAGACAGGAGAGGAGGGAGACGAUGCUGCCGACCCCCAGAGGCUCUCCACUAGCAGCCUGGGAGAAGACGGCAUGGACAGCCCCACGAUCUCAGUGCGUCUGGCACGCAGCGAGUCGUUGAAGGCUCAGGGAGAAGGGCGACGGCGGGGCGUCGUCUCGGGGACGGAGUCUGUCCCUCGCUCUCGUAGCGAUGUGGACAUGGAGGACUGCGGGGAGGAGAGGGAGGGGCCAGGCCUCAGGCUGCUGCAGCACAGCGCCUCGUCCUCUGCAUCCAGCAGCUCUGCGCGGUCUCUAGAGAACCCUACACCCCCAUACACCCCUCGGUCUAGACGCAGGAGUGUGGACUCACCGUUGGCCCUGCUGCCAGACGCUGCAGCACUGGAGGAGGAGGUGUUUGACAGUCAGAUCUGGCAGGACACAGUUCCUCCUCAGCUCCUCGCCACACUCAGUCCAAGGGAGGUGGAAAGACAGGCCGUCAUAUACGAGCUGUUCACCACCGAGGCGUCCCACCUGCGGACCUUGAGGGUCCUGGACCAGGUCUUUUUCCAGAAGAUGAGGUCUGUGCUGAACUCUGAUGAGCUGGCCUGCAUCUUCCCCAACCUGCCCCAGGUCUAUGAACUCCACGCAAGUCUGUGCGAGGCGAUGAAGAAGCGGAGAGAAACUCCCAUCGUUCAGGACAUCGGGGACGUUAUGCUGGCCAGGUUUGAAGAUGCAGCUGGAGAUGAGUUUCAGGAACAAGCGUCGCAGCUGUGCAGCCAGCAGUCUCAGGCUCUGGAGCUCAUCAAGAACAAACAACGUAAAGACCCUCGCUUCGCUCACAUCAUCCAGGAGUGUGAAGCGAGUCCUCACUGUCGGAGGCUGCAGCUCAAAGACCUGCUGGUGUCAGAGAUGCAGAGACUCACCAAGUACCCCCUGCUGCUGGACAACAUCAUUAAACAUACAGAGGCUGCUUCGUCGGACCUCCCUUCACUUCAGCGCGCCCAGGCUUGUUGCCGAGGGAUACUGCAGGCUGUUAAUGAGGUUGUCGGGGAAAUAGAGCACCGGCAACGCCUCAGCCAAUACCAACGCAGGCUGGACGCUGCCCCUCUAUUCAAGAGUCUGGACCUCACCACUAAGAGAAUGAUUCAUGAAGGUCCUCUCACGUGGAAAGUCAGCAAAGAUAAGCAGAUAGAGAUUCAAGCGCUGCUGCUGUCAGACUGCCUGGUCCUCCUACAGAGGGGCCCAGACGACCGGCUGCAGCUGAGAUAUCCAUCCCGCUGGCUGGGUGGAGGCAGCGGAGACAGCAAGACCUCCUUCAGCCCUGUGGUGAAGCUGGACUCUCUGCUGGUCCGCUUAGUAGCUACAGACAACAAGGCCCUCUACGUCAUCAGCACCACAGAGAGGCAGAUCUAUGAGCUGGUGGCUGGGACAUCAUCGGAGAAAAACACCUGGAAAGAUUUACUUGAAAAGACCAUCUCGUCAGCUGGUGGUUCAUCGCCCCUGAUCAAUCACGGAUCCAUGCCUAUAUCGUCCCCCAGUCUACGCAGUGCAUCCCCAGCGUCAACUGGCAGCAACGUCUUUGCAGACAACUCCAUGACGGAGCAGUCGGAUUCAAUAGAGACUCAUUCCUCCAACGAGGACAUUGAGCUCUCAGAAAACACACCUAGGGACCAAUCAGGAGCUUUCAUCUGUGGUGAGAGAAAAGACGGUGGUGUGGCAGAGGCCGCUUUACAAGAUGUUGAAACACUAAGGCAGCUGAUAUUACGAGAUUUGGAAGAGGACAGUUGGAGCCACGAUUCAGAUGACACGCCCACCAACGAGACGGCCAAUGAAAGGAGCUCGUUCACCGAAAGACAGCGGCCAGAGUCUCUAGAGACUGUCCUCAACUUCAGCAUCAACGAAUGGGAGGCCGAGCCUGAAGAGGUUCCGCCUCCAGACGCAGAGCAACCCAGCAGCGUUCAGGUCGUACGGAAAGCUGUGGUUGCGGGUCCUUCUUCUUCUUCUUCUUCUGUCCCUGAUGACAUCACUGAUGGUGUCACCCUCCCCUCCGACCAAUCAUCCAAGCCGAGAGGCGAGGCCACUACGCAGGGGAACACUUUCUACUUGGUAAUGCCGACGGAGCAGGGAGAGAGCUUCACUGAAGACCUCAACGACCCUCCUACCCCCACAGGCAGCCACUCCCCUCAGACUCCGGAGGAAGUGAUACCACCACAGACUCAUCCAGAGGAGGAAACGCCCAUCUGCGGUGCAGAGCCCAACCAAUCAGAGGCUAUGCAACUGGAACAGGAAGAGGAAAUGGGCCGAUCGCAGGCUGGGCACCAGAGCCACGUGAUCAAAAAUGUGGAUGAGAUUUUCCACACGAUUGAGGGGUUGAUGAGCAAGUUGCGUCAGCUGAAGGAAAUGGAGAAGUCCCAUCACAAGCUUUUGAAAACCCUCAGAGAGCCCUUUGUCAAUCAGGACUCAGACGACCAACAGUGUCACUCGGCAACCGUCUCCAGAACACCAUCUCUGGAUCGUAGCUCAGGAGACGGCAAAGAGGGCAGUCCAGCAGAGCCCAAGAUUCAGUCGACUGGAUUCUGACGUCGUGGCACAUUGGAUUUACUUGCGGUCAAUUGAUCUUGAUUGUUGGCAUACGGACAGACCCAUGUGUACCCACUGUCAGACUUGGACGCCACAGCCCUGCCUCACCUCGCCCCUCGUCCCUGCAUGCACUGGCCAGUGGAACAGAGCCCAGGAAGGACUGUAGCUGUUUGCUUUUUUUAAGCUGGCCGGAUUGACCAGGAUUUCUGAGGUCAGCACAACUUCUGACUUCUUCCAGAGCACGGGGGAGUCCAGGACAGAGUGAGGAAAGAGUGUGAAGGAGAAAAAAAAAAGUCAGAAGACAAAUUGACUGGUUAAAGAGAGAAAGAAA